UUAAACCCCCUAAACCCACGGAACUCAGACGAAUGGCCAGCCGUGUGUCAGAGGAACACUUCAGUUCCUCUCAUCUCGCCGCUUCUUCACCUCGCCUCAGGCUUUGCACAGAUCUUGAAGACUUGCAGUGAGCUUUAUCUUUUCUUUUCCUUUUCUUUUUUUAUAAAGCAGAGUUCGUGUUGCGGUGAUAAAAGAGCCUUCACGUGCAUGUGCAUGUCAGGAGGUUGUCGUGAUGCUUUCUGGAGUAGAAGGAUGCAGGAUUUAACUAACACAUUUUUUGGCAUCUUCAUGAUCCAGGAGACGAUAUGAAAAUAAAAGAAGUGGAUUUUAGAGGCCAAAGAACAGCUGAAUUGUCUUCUGGACCUGUAACUCUUUUUGCGUUUCUCACUGCACUUUCUCAUCUCUAUGGACGUGUGUGAUUUCCCUCACACCACCCUCACGCCCCCUACCCUUAUACUGGGGCCAUGUUGUCUCUGUGUGUCCUGUGUGUCGUGCUGGACGUGGGCGGAGCUCUGUGGGACUGGGUGAAGCCCAAUCAGGUGGAGAGCGACUCUGAUCGUUUUGGCGGUGUGUUUAAACCCAGACCUCCUCCUCACAUCAUCUUCAUCCUGACUGACGAUCAGGGCUUUAAUGACAUCGGCUACCACAGUGCUGAGCUCCACACUCCCACCCUCGACAAGCUGGCGGCCGAAGGAGUGCGACUGGAGAAUUAUUACGUCCAGCCGCUGUGCACGCCGUCGCGCAGUCAGCUCAUCACGGGCAGGUAUCAGAUCCACACGGGUCUCCAACACUCGAUCAUCCGUCCCCGUCAGCCAAGCUGCGUCCCAUUGAACGUGUCCACACUACCGCAGCGUCUUCAGGAAGCAGGCUACUCCACCCACAUGGUGGGAAAAUGGCACCUGGGCUUCUACCGUAGACGCUGCCUCCCGACGCACCGCGGCUUCCACACCUUUUUCGGUUCACUGACGGGAAGCGUGGAUUAUUACACGUUUGACUCGUGCGAUGGGAAAUCUCUGUGUGGCUUUGACCUGCACGAUGGCGACUCGUUAGCGUGGAGCAAAGCAGGAAAAUACUCCACUCACCUGUACACUCAGAGAGUGCGCAAGAUUUUAGCAACACACGAUCCGUCUCAGCCGAUCUUCAUCUACCUGUCCCUUCAGGCGGCUCACGCACCUUUAAAGCCACCCAAGUCGUAUAUUUAUCCGUAUCAUACCAUGGGGAAUGUUCCACGCAGAAAAUACGCAGCGACCGUGUCCAUUGUGGACGAGGCGGUGCACAACAUCACGUACGCGUUGCGCAAAUACGGCUACUAUCGCAACUCUGUCAUCAUUUUCUCUACAGAUAAUGGAGCUCAGCCGUUCACCGGAGGGAGCAAUUGGCCCUUACGAGGGCGCAAGGGGACGUACUGGGAGGGCGGAGUCAGAGCAGUGGGGUUUGUGCACAGCCCACUAAUACGCUACAAGCGCAGGAUUAGCAAAGCGCUAAUCCACAUCACGGACUGGUUUCCGACUCUCGUACGUUUGGCGGGAGGGAACAUUUCACAGAAUGAGAAGCUGGACGGUUUCGACAUUUGGCCCGUUAUCAGCGAGGACAGAGCGUCUCCCAGGAAUGAAAUCCUACACAACAUCGAUCCUUUGCAUCGGCGUGGGUUGGGGUCGCUGCAGGAAGGCAAGGGAUUGUGGGACACGGCAAUCCAGUCAGCCAUAAGAGUCGGAGAUUGGAAACUUUUGACAGGAGAUCCAGGUCACAGCGACUGGAUCCCUCCUCAGGUGUUAACCAGCUUUCCAGUCGGAUGGUGGAACCUGGAACGAGGGGACGUGGAAAUGGAAAAGAAGUCAAUUUGGCUUUUUAACAUCACGGAGGAUCCAUGUGAGAGAAAUGACCUGGCGGAGAACCGACCUGACGUGGUGAAGAAACUCCUCCAGCGCCUGGCCUUCUACAACAGCACAGCCACUACAGUCCGGUACCCCCCCGAUGACCCGCGCGCCAAUCCGCAGAACAAUGGUGGGGCGUGGAGACCCUGGGUGAAAGACGAGGAGAACGAGGAGAACUGGGAGGGAAUCUACUACAAACGAGGAAGGAACCGGAAAAGGAAGAAGUGCAGGCUCUGCAACGUCCAAUCGUUCUUCAAGAAACUCAACAAAAAGAUCCUGGCCAAUAAGAUAUGAGAAGAUCCAAAACCUUCUCACCGAGAUGUCAUAUCACUCUACACACACUUUAUAAAAGAGGGAAGACCCACAACUGUGGAUUUAACAAGCAGACCUGGAGUAGCAUUCCUGUUAAAACCUAUACAGACUCAAAGGUUCUGAAGGUUCUAGAUCCAAACAUGUGGACAUUUUUAUAAUUAUAUGAACUAAUGCUUUUUGAAAAGAGUUAAUCUGGGAACAUAUUUCUUAAACAAACGUUUCUAAAAGAGUUACCCAACUUUAAACUUCUACCAGAAAAAGUGUAAGAAUUUAGACUGGUGAAGCUCUGAAUGGAUUCACGAGGAACCCUAAAGAGAGACGAGUGCAGUUCUGCACUUUACUAUGAGACUAGCGCUGCUAAUAAUAAACGCUAGCUACUAGUUUAGCUUCGACCGCAUAAUCCUCACACGCUUAUCUUAAAACACCUGAGAAUGCAAAGUGUGUUUAAUCAGGUUACAUACAACAAAAAACUCUGGAAAUCUGAGGGAAAAAGUAAAAGGGUCGUGCUUCUCUGAGACGCAGUGCUAUGUGAAGACGAGAAAAAAUACAACACACAAACACACACACACACACACACACAUUCUCUAAUGUGAUAUCAUGUGGCUGUGACAUUUUUUAGUCUGCGGGCGUGGCCUUGUACAUCCUGUGGGUGUGGCCUUCCUCUUUAUCACACAAGGCUGUGUUUCUCAGAAGUUACAUCACUGAAGGCAUCUUAAAAAUUUUUGUAAAUACAACACACACACACACACACACACACACGGGGAUGAAUCUUUAGAGGACUUUUUGUUAUCUCAGUUCUAACAAAGGUUCCUCUUUUAGAGCAGCAGAUUCAGCGAGGGUCCGGGUCGGACUGUGACGUUCCUGUGAUCAGACGUUUAUUCUGGUCUCUCUCACACACAGCAGAAGUUUAAUCUGAGCUUUAAACAAAACAGCUGGACUGCAAGGUAAACACUGCAUUUGUGCAGAUGUUGACGAUGAACUUUAGUGUUUGAUCUUCCAGGUUACCGUGGAAACGUGACAAACCUGGAAAAGACCACAGAACAGUAAACAGUCCUGAAAAACUGUUUACAUGGAACGACUUUGUUCGCUCAGUUGUAAAGAAAUGAACCUUUAUUCGUUAUAAUGAGAUGAGGAGAAAGUGUUUGUUACUUAUGUGAUAAAAAACUGUUUUUAUUUCUUUUUUAUUGUCCUUACAGGAGUGUGUCUCCUUAACACAAAAACUUCUGUUUGCUCAUAGUACGGAGUUUACCGUGCAGAGACGGUGUGCUCUUUACUCGUGCACCAGGUUUACACACGUGUUUACAUCAUUUACAUCAUAUUUACAUCAUCUACCUUUAUAAUGACGCGCUCCGGGUCCAGCGAGUGUUCUGGUUCUUUUCUGUGAACACUUCUGUGUGAUUACUCUGUGUUAUUACUGACAGUGUGGAAUAAUGAUAUACAUUAUUAUAAUGAGAAAUAACGAGCUCAUUAAUGCAGGAAAUGGUGUGUGUGUGUGUGUGUGUGUGUGUCCUGAACCUGUUCAUACCUGUAUGUGAUGAGAAUUUUUGAUGAGCGUUAUGGCGUGUAGUGACAUGCAGACCCGAGGUAGCCCGUGUAGGAGCUCGGUCAUGACGCGACACCUGUAGUCCAACAGAACCAUCAGAACCUCUUACAUCAAGGCGCUGGUACUUGAUUCUGGUACUGUGUUCUGCGUUCUGAUUGGCCAGGAGGGAUCGUGCAGAACAGAAGCUGUGCAGCUGUAACUGACGAGAGUGACUGACAUUCCACACCAUUAAACCUCAC